CUCGCCUGCCCUGCGGCGCUGUCAGCUCAGUCGGCAGCUGCUACGGUGGGGGGCACGAGCGUCUAGCCUGCGCAGCGACGAAUACGAUACGUGAGACUGGUAUAAGAUAUCGGUUCCCCAGACUCGGUUCGCGGGUGUUCGAGGCGGGAGUCGAAACCAUGCCGAGCACGUGGGCGCGACUUGUCAACCUCGUCAUCCGUCCGCCGCGCGCGGAUUAUUCCCCGGACGCUUCCCUCCCCGGCGGUUCCUCGAGACGUUUUCGCAUCUCCGGCGAAAUCUGCAAACGCGUCGACCUCAUUCUCGAAACCAGAGGCGCGCGCGACGGAGGCGACGACGACGCGUGCAGACGAAUCGACGAGGCGCGUUCGAUGCGCGUGCAGUGCUCGCACUACGUCCCGGAGUCCGUUCCACCGAACGCGAAACUCCCCUGUGUCAUUUACCUCCACGGCAACAGUGGCUCAAGAUGCGACGCUGCGGACGUUGUGUUUAAACUCCUCCCACGUCGUGUAACCGUCUUCGCGCUCGACCUCGGCGGAAGCGGGCUCUCGGACGGCGAGUAUGUCACACUAGGUGUGCGCGAGAUUCUAGACGUCGACGCGGUCGUGAAGCAUCUCAGGGCGCAAGGAAAAACAUCGAAGAUCGGACUAUGGGGACAAAGCAUGGGAGCAGUUACCGCGUUAUUAUAUUCGCACCGAGACCCUUCGAUCGCGGGCAUCGUGCUAGAUUCACCGUUUUCGUCACUGGAGACACUCGUCCUCGAGCUCGUGGAGACGUACAACAUGCGGAGCAAGUUUAUGACAGUGCCUUCAUAUAUGACAAAAAUAGCGUACUCGUUCUUGAGGAGCAGCAUCAAACGGAGGGCAAAGUUUGACGUGAAAGAACUCGAUCCUUUGAAGCUCGCACCGGAGAGCUUCUCCCCUGCGCUCUUCGCACACGGGGUGAAUGACGACUUCAUAUCUCCAAAGCACGGCAAGGCAUUACACGAAGCGUACGCAGGGGACAAAGACAUUUUCAAUUUCGAGGGAGAUCACAACAGCGCACGACCGGAAGCGUUUUAUGAGAAAGCCGCGGUUUUCUUC